GCCUUGAACGAUUUGACUAAGAGUAUCAACUCGUGUGGUUGCAGCUAAUUCGACAACGGAACUGCUCUAUCAAAAUUUAGGGUGACAUUUCAACGGUUGGAAAGGAGUAACAUUUUCAAGACCAAAUUUCUAAAAGUGACCAGGUCCAGACCUGUCUUAACCGCCCGGCGGAAGGGACCGUGUUUAGCCAUGAGCCUGGCCGGGCGGGUUUUAUUAUUCGCCCGAUUCGCAGUCCCAUUGCUAAUGCUGGGACUAUUCUAUAGACCAGCACUUGGAAAUUUUGUCCGAAAUUCAGGUUACUUUCCAUAUCAGAGACGGGUUUCUAAUGUUCAAGGUGCAAUCACCAACCACCAAAUAUCAAACUAUCCAGAAUUAGCAUCACAACUUUAUCAAAAUGAUUUUUCUGGAAACCAUCAUAGCCAAUAUUCAGAUAAGAUUCAAAGUCCACAUCUUCAAGAAAGGAUUUUAGCAGACUUGUAUUUUGGUAGACCAAAGAUGAAGCUAAAGAAUUUUAAAAAUGAUGAUGGUACUGCUCAGUCUUGGAUGUCUUUAGAUAGAAAUCAAGCUAGUAUUAAUGUGAAUACUAUUGACAAACAUGAUAAAAUUAAAAAUAAUCAUCCUGUUGGUCACAUAUCUGUGAAAGUUUAUCCCCCAAAAAGAGUUGCUGAUGUUAAAAAAGAAGAGUACCUUGGCAAGUUAGGUAUGUUUGGAUCUCAAAAAAAUGAAAUACAACCAACAUCCAAUGUUGAGAAAAUGUCAACACACCCUUCUCCAGGAAUUUCUCAUCUUAAGAAAAAUGAGUUGAAUAUUCAGCCAGAGUCCAAAGAACCCAUAAAGCUGCAUUCAUUUUCUCGUAAUGAAGUCGAUCUCAAAGACAAAGAGUCAAAGUCUCCUCUUAGUGACAUAUACUUUGUAGCAAUUGUAGCAGGAUGUAGUGCAGCUGCUAUUUUUGGAGUUAUUGGUGCUGGAAUAUGUUUUUACAGGUUUCAGAAGAAAAACCAGGCAGCAGCUGAUAUAGAAUAUCCAGCAUAUGGAGUGACAGGCCCAAGUAACAAAGAGAAAACCUCCCCAAAUGGAGACCGUAAGCUUGCCCAUAGUGCACAGAUGUAUCAUUAUCAACAUCAGAAACAACAGAUGUUAGCCGUAGAGAAAACCAAUUCAAAUCGACUUACUUCUGCUUCGGAUGUUGAGUCUGAAGAAGAAAAUGAAGAGGGCGCCUAUACUGUUUAUGAAUGUCCUGGCUUAGCACCGACUGGUGAGAUGGAGGUUAAAAAUCCACUGUUUGCAGAUGAAUCAGGACAAACUUUGUCUCAGCCACCAAAAGAGAACAGGAAGUAGUUCUAUUUCCAUCUGACCAGGUGGAAGAUGUCUAAAUUUGUUGAUUUGUGUGUUGAAGAUGUUGUAAUUUCUAAAACUUUAUUAGACAAUUGAAUGUUGUGUACAAAGUGAUAUUCUGGUACCAAUUUUAUUAUCAUUGUUUGCUAUGUACUACUUCAAUUUUUAUUAUUACACAUAUAUGUAUAUAAAGAUAUUCAUUAUAUAAAAAUAUUCUAGGUAUAAAAUGUCCAUAUAAAUAAAACAAACUAUUAAAAUGUUUGGUAUAUAACCUUGUAUAUCCACAUUACUUAAUGAAUUGGCCAUGCAUUAUACACAAAAUAGUAAAACACUCGUUCUUUUACUAAUGCCCACCAGUAGCACAGCGUUAUAUCUGCGGACUUGCAAUGCUAGAAUCCGGGUUUCGAUACCCGUGGUGGAUAGAGCACAGAUAGCCCAUUGUGUAGCUUUGUGCUUAACUUCAAACAAACUUUUACUAAUUAUAACACAACUCUCCAACAGUAUUAUAUUUACUGUAAUUAAAAAAAAAUGUCCCAAUUUAUAGUUUCUGCAACUAAAUAAUGUAUAAGUCACUUGGUCAAGUGUAUGACAGCAAAGAAACCAACGAGACAAAGGACGUUAUUUGAGGUAACUUGAUGUCUGGAUGUAGGAAUUAUCGUAGUUUCAAAUAUUGUAAUGAAUUCCCAAAACAACACUUAAUCAGAACUCUGUAGUUAAAAUUUGAAGUAAAUAUCGUUAAACAAUUUUACGCAGUCACUUCAGCAUUAAUGUUCAUAUGGGAAAUUAUUGACUUAAUGAUAUACUUAUGUUUGGGCAACUACAAAGGUACUACUUCAGAGAAGACCUCUGGUAGUUUAUUGUUGUAGGUUUGCUUUUUUUAUAAAAGGCUAACAAAAGAACACCAUGAAAAUGCUACAUGAUAGAA